GCGGGCAACAGAGAUAUGUAAGAAGAAGUAAAUUACUAUUUUACUAUAGAUAAAGUGGAUUUUCAACAAGAAUUUCUGUUUCAUUUUUUUGAAUAUACGACCCUAUUAUUUCAAAAUGAAUAUUCGCUGUGCUACGCCAGAAGAUUUGAUGAAUAUGCAGCAUUGUAAUUUACUAUGUUUACCAGAAAAUUAUCAAAUGAAAUAUUAUUUUUAUCAUGGUCUAUCGUGGCCUCAACUUUCGUAUGUUGCUGAAGAUGAGAAGGGGAAAAUUGUCGGAUACGUUCUCGCUAAAAUGGAAGAGGAAACAGAUGAGGCAGCUCAUGGACACAUCACGUCUCUGGCUGUAAAACGUUCACAUAGACGGUUGGGUUUGGCACAAAAACUAAUGGAACAAGCAUCAAGGGCUAUGGUGGAGUGCUUCAAUGCCAAAUAUGUAUCACUUCAUGUCAGAAAGAGCAACCGAGCAGCCUUACAUCUAUACACCAAUACAUUGAAGUUCAGUAUCUAUGAUAUAGAGCCAAAAUAUUAUGCGGAUGGUGAAGAUGCAUAUGCUAUGAGGCGAAACUUGAGUAAUGUUAGUGCUGAACUAACUAAAUCUAUUGCUGCUGUAAAAAUUCAAUAAACACUAUGUCAUUGACAAUCAGACAAUGUACCUUAAUAUUCUUUGGUUAUAUCCUAAAUUACUGGAUUAUUUUGCUUAUUAUUUUAUAUGGAUUAUUAGGAAAUUAUACAUCAUUAAUUAAACUCCUAAACUCAGGUGUGUUGUAUAUAAUACCUAAUACCACAGGCAGUAUACCUUGGCUCAAAAAAUUUGGU